AUGCUUAGUAACAUCCCUUGGUACCAGCGUCCUCUCGUGCCCGAGGCCGUCUUCCUCACCUACUACUCUUUGAUACUCUGGUGGAGGGUCUUCCCUCAUGGCCCCGGUGUUGCUUACCGGUUUGUGACCGCGCAAACCCUCCGCCAAUGGAUGUGGAGGGGAAUCUUGAUCCUCAACAGUGUGCGUCCGGAUCUCGAGCCUGAAGAAGAGUGA